CGGGAGGAGCGGGAGGAGCGGUCCCGAGGCCGGGGCCGCAGAUUCAGCAGCAGCGGCAGCAUGAACCGCUACCAGCCAGCAGUGGUGAUCGACAACGGCUCGGGGAUGAUCAAGGCGGGCCUGGCUGGGACCCGGGAGCCCCAGUUCGUCUACCCGAACAUUCUGGGCCGGACCAGCCACAGCACUUCGGUGGACUGCGGCGAGCUGGGUCUGUGUGUGGGCGAAAAGGCACAGGACCGCAGGAGCUUCCUGUCCAUCAGCUAUCCAGUAGACCGGGGUCUCAUCUCUUCCUGGGGAGACAUGGAGAUCAUGUGGAAACAUAUCUAUGACUAUAACCUGAACCUGAAGGCCAGUGAUGGCCCGGUCUUGGUUACAGAGCCUGCGCUGAACCCAAUGACAGACCGGCAACACAUCUCGGAAGUGUUUUUUGAAAAUCUGGGAGUCCCUGCCUUCUAUAUAUCUGUCCAGGCCGUGCUGGCUCUCUUUGCUGCUGGCUUUACUACUGGCCUGGUGCUGAAUUCAGGAGCGGGGAUCACUCAGUGCGUGCCCAUCUUUGAAGGUUACUGCCUGCCCCACGGUGUAAAGCAGCUAAAUGUGGCAGGACUUGACCUCACCACCUACCUCAUGAAGCUGUUGAAGGAUGAUGGUGUCGCGCUGCUGAGAACCGGGGACAGAAAGGUCGUUGCGGAAAUUAAGGAGAACGCCUGUUAUGUGGCCAUGGACUAUGAGGAGGAAAUGGCCAAGGAACCGAGCCUAGAGAAAACCUACACCCUUCCUGAUGGGAAGACUUUCAAACUCCAUGAGCCAGUAUUUCGCUGCCCAGAGGCCCUCUUCUCUCCAUGGCUUGUGAAUGUUGACGAACCUGGCAUCGACAAGAUGUGCUUCAGCAGCAUAAUGAAGUGUGACACAGAUCUCAGGAAUUCCUUCUUUUCCAAUAUCAUCCUCUCCGGAGGAUCAACCUCUUUUCCUGGUUUGGAUAAGCGACUCAUUAAGGAUGUGGCAAAGCUGGCACCUGCCAAUACCCCUGUGCAAGUUACAUCUCCCCCGGAGCGGAAAAUAUCAGUGUGGAUGGGAGGGUCUAUUCUUGCAUCCUUGUCUGCCUUCCAAGACAUGUGGAUCACGGCUGCAGAAUUCGAAGAAGUUGGGCCCAAUAUAGUACACCAAAGAUGCUUCUGAAAUGCAGACAAAAUGAGAAGUAAAAUGUGUUGAGUGUACACAGCAAAACACUUUGGAUAUUCUGAUUCUGGGAGAACAACAACAACAACAAAAAAACAUUUCUGUUAUUGGGGUGGCCACUUUCCUUUUAAAAAUGUUUUGGUAGCUGUGGGGACUGAGUUUCACUCAUGCUAAGUGCUCUGCCACUGAGCUAUAUUUCCAGCUCUCUUUUUUACUUUGUUUUCAGACAGAAUCUCCUGCUAAAUUGCCUAGGUUGUACUUAGACUUGUAAUCCAGCUAGCUGGGAAUACAGCCUUGUAACUUUGGGCCUGGCUCUCUUGAAUGAUUAUGACAGGGCAGGAAACAAUGUAAUCCUGUGUUGUAUGAGAUAAUUUACAGUACAGAAACUGCAGAAAAACAGC